ACGAGAAAAAAAUCAUCUUUUAUGCAUAUUUGAAAUCAUAUGUGCUUGUGCUCUCUCGUUAGAUUGAUAAAUUUAUUUCCAACAGAGAUCCUUAUCCUUUCUAUUGCUCGAGACUCGGAAUCUACAAUUUAAUACGUUUGUGGCGAUCAGAUUCAUUCAAAAUCUAUCUCAGUGGCGUUAUUGAUCAACGCAAGAAUUUUUUUUAGCAUUUUAUCGUGUCAAAAAUCUUGGAAGAAUUCUUUGAAUCGUGCAGCAACGCGAACCGUGUAUAUGUAUAUAUUCGUAUACAUAUAUGCAUAAAAUAUCGAGAGGUGGAAUUCCACAGACAGUAUAUCAAUUCCGUGAGUCAUCGCGCAAACGUAUCGACCCACUACUCACCAGUCGUCAUUCGUUUUGUUGACAAGUAGAAUUACAUCAGGUGAUAGCAACGAUUCCUUCAUUUUCAUUAAGGAUUUGUGAUAAGGCGUAUUUCAUGUAAAUUUUAUAAACGUCAUCGCCAGAGCUUCGACGAGUGUUGAAGAACAGUUGAUACUUUUAUUCGCAGAAAAUUGUUGAUAACGUCAAGAUGGAUGCUGGAUUCUCAUCAUAUCACAAUGGAGGUCCUGCUCGAGAGCAAGAUUUUGGCAAGUUGUCUCAAACUAUUGGUACUUCGAUACUUAAGAUAUCGCAGAAUGUAUCUUCCAUGCAGAAGAUGGUCAAUCAGUUGGGUAGCUCCACUGAUUCUCAAGAACUCAGGAAUCAGCUGCAUCAAAUACAGCAUUAUACACAGCAAUUGGCAAAGGAUACUAGUGUUCAUCUUCGAGAUUUGGCUGUAUUAGCAAAUAACUCUGGAUCUACAAGCCCUGGAGAACAAAGACAGAGAAAAAUGCAAAGAGAGCGUCUUCAAGAUGAAUUUACAAGUGCAUUGAAUUCUUUCCAAGCUGUACAAAGGCUGGCUGCUUCGAAGGAAAAAGAAAUGGUCAGAAAAGCUAAAGCUAGUGCAGGUAUUGCACCAUUUGGGGAAAAGAAACAGGAGACGCUUAUAGAAUUACAAGAUAGUAGAACGUAUACAAAUGAUCAUCAAAAACUGCAACAGGAUCAACUGCAGGAACAAAUGAACUUACGAAUGUUGGAAGAACAAGAAGCUAGUAUAAGACAGUUGGAGAGUAAUAUUAGCGAUAUUAAUCAAAUAUUCAAAGAUCUUGGAGCUUUGGUAUAUGAUCAAGGAGAGGUUAUUGAUUCUAUAGAAGCUUCGGUUGAAAGAACUGAAGUAUCUGUCAGCGAAGGUGCUUCUCAAGUAAGGCAAGCGAGUAUGUAUCAAACGAAAUUGCGUAAAAAGAAGUGUGUUCUCGUACUUAUAGCAGCAGUUGUAUUAUCGAUUUUAAUUGGAAUCAUAGUUUGGCAAAGCUAAAUAUAAAUAUACAUAAUAUACACAUAUAUAUACAUAUAAAAUAAACAAUGUACAGCAUGUUGGAGUAUAGCGCUAUGAAAGACUGCUGUAUGUGAACAGUUGCAAUCACAGGAUAUUAGGCUGAUAAAAUUCUUAGUGACGUUCCUAUCUAAUCUUGCUUUACAAGUGUCCAAAAAAAUAGUCAUUAUAUCAGAGAUACAUGCAAGGAAACGUGUCUUACGAAUUGGAUCUUAUUAAUUAUGUUAAUUAUAAGUGCAAGCUCCGAUUUGCGAAUGGUUUUAAUGGCAUGUCUAAGAUUGCCACAGUCCAUUUAUACGUUUCAUUAUAAAAUUUCAAAUAUAAUAAUCAAUUAUAUAACAUAUGUAUGCACGCGCGUAUGUGACAAUUUAGGUAAUUUAAUGCGAUUAUAUAUAAUAAAGAUAUGUGCGCGUGUGUAUGUAUCUAAUACUUCUAUAUGGUAAAGUAUGCUUGUUAUCUGAUUGCGAACAUAACUGUGCAUGUGCUUGUAAAAUAUCUUAAAAGUUAUUUCUAAUUGAAACUCUGAAACGAAUGAUUGAGUGUGUGUGUUAUAACAUUUUAUGAAAGUCAGAAGAUUUAUGUAAGUUAAUGUAUUAUAUUCAGUUCAAGAAUAUGUUGAUUUAUUUUAGACAAGAUAUAAUAAACAAUAUAUAGAAAAAGAAGACAAGCACACAAGCUUGCUAUGCUUUGUGUGUA